GGUCACCGGUAAGAUGGCGGCGGCGGUGACCUUCCGUCGGCUGUUGAUUUUGCCUCGGGCUGCGCGGGGCUUCGGGGUGCAGGUGGCACCGGACGGGGAGAAGGUCACUCACACUGGCCAGGUCUAUGAUGCUAAAGACUACAGGAGAAUUCGGUUUGUAGGUCGUCAGAAAGAGGUGAAUGAAAACUUUGCCAUUGAUUUAAUAGCAGAGCAGCCUGUGAGUGAGGUGGACCAUCGGGUGAUAUCCUGCGAUGGUGGUGGGGGUGCUCUGGGCCACCCCAAGGUGUACAUAAACUUGGACAAAGAAACAAAAACAGGGACAUGUGGCUACUGUGGCCUGCAGUUCAAGCAGCACCAUCACUAGUGUGGGUUGACCCUUGCCUCUGCGUGGAUGGAAGCAUGUUCAUGGUGGGCAUGCAGUGUGGGUCACCACUCUGUGAAUGGUGUGUGUUCCCAGUGCUGAAUAAAGCAGUGGCCCCACCACAGAUGGUGAGCUUGUUUCUUUCAUGGUGGAGACUUGUAGAAGCAAAUGGUCACUUAGCAUGGGACCUGGAACAGCUUCACUUCCAGUGCUGGCUGCUCUGUGUAGGUGCUGCGCACUUCCACAAUGGCUCCUCUCAUCCAUGCAAGGCCUGGGCACCUUCCCCUUGUAUACUCCCCCUGGUCCAGGG